AAGACUGCUCAGGUGGCCGGUGGUUUGCCCAGGACAAAAAAGAGGCCGGUUGCCGCCGUCGCUACUACUUCCUCUACCUAGCUAGCUAGCUCAUCCAUCCAUGGCGCCGGCGGGAGGCCGCGAGCUGCCGGACACGCCGACGUGGGCGGUGGCGGUGGUCGUGCUCGUCCUCGUGCUCAUCUCCGUCGCCCUCGAGCACGCGCUCCACAAGCUCACCCACUGGUUCCACCACCGGCACAAGAAGGCCCUGGCGGAGGCGCUGGAGAAGAUGAAGGCGGAGCUCAUGCUGGUGGGCUUCAUCUCCCUGCUCCUCACCGUCUUCCAGGACCCCAUCUCCAAGAUAUGCAUCUCCAAGGAGGCCGGCGACGUCAUGCUGCCCUGCCACCUCCCAAAGGCGGACUAUGAGGACAAAGGCGACAAGGGCAGCCGUCGGAGGCUUCUCGUCUACCUGGCCGAGAUGAGCCACCGCCGGUUCCUCGCCGCCGCCCCCGCCGAGGACGUCUGCGAGAAACAGGGCAAGGUGGCGCUCAUGUCCGCCGGCAGCCUGCACCAGCUCCACAUAUUCAUCUUCGUCCUCGCCGUCUUCCACGUCGCAUACAGCGUCGUCACCAUGGCGCUCAGCCGGCUCAAGAUGAGAAGGUGGAAGAAGUGGGAGGCAGAGACCGCAUCGCUGGAGUAUCAGUUCGCGAAUGAUCCUUCGCGGUUCCGUUUCACGCACCAGACGUCCUUCGUCAAGCGCCACAUGGGCCUCUCCAGCGUUACCGGCGUCAGAUGGAUCGUUGCCUUCUUCAGGCAGUUCUUCACGUCAGUCACCAAGGUGGACUACCUCACCUUGCGCAUGGGCUUCAUCAACGCGCAUUUGUCGCCCAACACCAAAUUCGACUUCCACAAGUACAUCAAGCGGUCGCUCGAGGACGACUUCAAAGUCGUCGUGGGAAUCAGCCUCCCGCUGUGGUUCGUCGCGAUCCUCACGCUCUUCCUUGAUUUCAAAGGGAUCGCCACGCUCACCUGGAUCUCUUUCGUCCCCCUCGUUAUCCUCCUGGCGGUUGGGACCAAGCUUGAGAUCAUCAUCAUGGAGAUGGCGCAAGAGAUCCAGGAACGAGCCAGCGUCAUCAAGGGGGCUCCUGUCGUGGAGCCCAGCAAUAAGUUCUUCUGGUUCAGCCGCCCCGAUUGGGUCCUCUUCCUCAUACAUUUGACACUUUUCCAGAAUGCGUUCCAGAUGGCUCAUUUCGUGUGGACCCUGGCCACACCCGGCUUGAAGAAAUGCUACCACGAGAACAUAGGACUCAGCAUCAUGAAGGUCGUCGUGGGGAUAACUCUUCAGAUCAUGUGCAGCUACAUCACAUUUCCCCUCUACGCACUCGUCACACAGAUGGGCUCAAACAUGAAGAGAACCAUCUUUGACGAACAGACGGCCAAGGCACUGUCAAACUGGCGGAACACUGCCAGGGAGAGGAAGAAGACCCGAGACACGGACAUGCUGAUGCAACAGAUGAUCGGCGACGCUACGCCGAGCAGAGGCACGUCGCCGGUGCCAAGCCGAGGCACGUCACCGGUGCGCCUGCUUCACAAGAACAAGCGCUCCGAUGAUCUACCAAGCGCACCCCCCUCGCCAAUGACCGAGAUGGAGGCUAGGGACAUGUACCCGGCUGUCGCACAUCCGGUGCACAGACUAAGUCCUGCGGAUAGGAGGAGGUCUGCCUCGUCGUCGGCCCUCGAAUCUGAAGCCAGUGCUGAAUUUUCCUUCAGUAUGCAACGUUGAUGAGACAAGUUUCUGUAUAGAUCAGUCCAAUGUAUAGCAAACAUAGGAGGAAAAUAUGUGAUGUGCUGAUUGGUACAAUAAGGAUCGGAAAUUUUACCGAGUAAAAAGAACAAAGCUAGCUAGGAUUGUAAAGUUGAAAAUAUAUCAAACACCCUCUUUCCUCUCUAGAAAAAACUAAAUGACAAUCAUUUUCGUUA